CGCGCCAUCUUCUAGCUAAUAACCGGGCAGAAUUAAACAUUGCAUAAAACCCUCAGUGCUGUUUGUUUCCAUCAAAAUACUCGGUUGUAUUAGCUAUACUGAACAAUGAGUGAUAUUGAGGAUGGACACUAUGGAGGACGGGGGUCACGCUCCCCAUCUAAAUCGGAUCGUGGGAGUCCAGCUCGGGUUAAGUCGGAGAGCAGGUCUGGCUCCCCGAGCCCAGCCCGGGCCUCCAAACGCUCUGAGUCCAGAUCCCACUCUCGGUCAAAAUCUAGGUCUCGUUCUAGGCGGCACUCUAACCGCCGUUAUAGCCGCUCACGCUCUCGGUCCUACUCCCGCCGGAGGAAGUCCCGCUCUCGUUCCUACAGUCCAGAGUACCGACGCAAGAGGAGCCAGAGCACUUCCCCUAUGUCGAACAGGCGCCGUCACACUGGCAGCAGGAGCAAUGACUUCACAAAAGAAGCAUACAGUCAUGGCGGAGAUGCUGAUGUUAGGGCAAACCCUGACCCCAGCACAUGUUUGGGGGUGUUUGGCUUGAGCCUGUACACCACAGAGCGUGACCUGAGGGAGGUGUUUUCGCGCUACGGUCCUUUGGCGGGGGUCAAUGUGGUGUACGACCAGCGCACGGGUCGCUCCCGUGGCUUCGCCUUUGUUUACUUUGAGAGACUGGAGGAUUCCAAAGAGGCAAUGGAGCGAGCCAAUGGCAUGGAGCUGGACGGGAGGCGCAUCAGAGUGGAUUAUUCCAUCACUAAACGUGCUCAUACCCCCACACCAGGAAUCUACAUGGGCCGACCAACACACAAUGGCGGCGGAAGCAGCAGCAGCAGCAGCAGCAGCAGGAGGGGGAGAGACUCGUAUUAUGACCGCGGCUAUGACCGCUACGACAGAUGCGACGAGUAUGACUAUAGGUACAGUCGCAGGCGUUCUCCAUCACCCUACUACAGUCGAUACAGGUCACGCUCACGGUCUCGCUCCUACAGCCCACGCCGAUACUAAGUUCCUUCUCUCAGCGUUCAGCUUCCCUCCGAUAAUUGACGGUGUGCGAUUCAUCAUGGUGUUUCUGAGGGGAACAUUUUGAAUUAGCAUGUCUAUAUCAACAGAACUCUUAAGUUUGAGAUAGUUCUUGUUCACAUGCAAUAGAUGUCUUAAUUUUUAGACGUUUUGAUGCAUCCAUGUUGAGUGUGAGCAAAGAACUCUGCAACUGUUGCUUCAUUCUGUGACUUGCAUCCUUCCUUCCCUCUUCAUUUUCUGCAGCAGCGAUAACCUGUUUUUCCUGUUGAGUGAUGGUCGAAGGGGAAUGUAAACUGGGUUUUAUUACAUAAUGGUGACACUUAAUUUUACACCCUUUUUUUUAAGUAAGUUUAAGAAUCAGCUCAGUGUAUGUGCAGUAAAGAUUACAGAUUAAUCCCAAUGUUACCUAGCACUAACUGAGUUACUGGUAAGUAGCAGGAAAAUCAGGCUGUAAAAUGGAGUGUUACCAGCAAUCAGUGGUCGGUUCUCUGCUCACAUUCAUUUUUAGUCAAGAAAGUCAUUGUUUGAGUUUCUCCAGAGAGUUUUAUUGUCAUUUAUUACAUUUUUUUAUUGUUUCUUUGUAUGUAAAUACAAAUAUAUUAAAACUUCAAA